AUGGCCUCCGCAUUGUCUGAGGAGCAGUUUCAGUGCACCAUCUGUCUCAGUAUCUUCAAAAAUCCUGCCUCUAUCCCAUGUGGGCACAACUUUUGCCUGGAGUGCAUCAAAUGCUUCUGGGAUACGAGACGCAAGUCAGAGUGUCCACUGUGCAAAGAGGCCUUCAAAAUCCGUCCAAAACUUAGGGUCAACGUAGGCUUAAAAGACAUCACCGAGCAGUUUAAAAGGUCUGUUGAUACUGUAUCACCCGCUCCAAAGCUCCCAAGGCAGCCUUCCAGUUCUGAUGUCCUGUGUGACAUGUGCCAUGAAAACAAGCCAACAGCGGUCAAGUCGUGCCUCAUCUGCCAGAUAUCUUACUGUGACAUCCACCUGACACCUCAUCUAAGUGAUCCAGUGAUGACAGAGCAUGUGCUGAUGGAUCCGGCCACCUUCAUCUCCAGUCACCUCUGCAGAAAUCACAACCGGCACCUGGACAUGUUCUGCAAGAGCGAUCAGAUGCCUGUGUGCAUCAGAUGCACUGAGACUGACCACACAGACCACGCUACCGUGCCUAUUGAGAAGGAGAGCAAGAGGCUCAAGAAUAAGAUGAAGAAAACCAAAGCAGAAUUUCAACAGAUGAUCCAGGCCCGAUUUGCAAAGAUCGAAGAGAUCAAGAAAUCAGUGGAGCUGAGCAAAUUAAGUGCCAUUGAGAAAAAUCAGGCUUUACUCAUCGAUGAGAUCGAACAGCGGCAGGAGAUGGCUGAGAGGAGAGCAGAGGAGCUGCUCAAACGACUGGAGAAAGAAAUUAAUGAACUGCAGAGCAGGCACAGCCAGUUGCAAUACCUGGAGCACACAGAUGACCCCCUCCACCUCAUACAGAGUUCCCUUUCUCUGGGUGCUCCACUGCCCACCCGGGACUGGACUGAGGUCAGAGUGCACUCAGACAACCACAUAGGGACGGUGAGGAGAGCUUUCUCUAAGCUGGUCAGCGUCUACCUUGAACUUGAAAGGAACCUGUCUGCAGAGGAAGUCAGCAAGAUGAAUAACUAUGAAGAUGUCCCUAUAAUUCUGCAAACAACACACAUUACAGCUGACAUCCGUGCCAUGUGUUUUUCUCUGACUCUAGUGGAUGUAACUUUGGAUCCUGCGACGGCUGCGGGAUGGCUGAAUCUGUCCUCAGAUGGAAAAAAGGUACACAGCCAGCCCAUAAGGCUGUCGCUCCCUGACGACCCCCGCAGGUUCAACUCCUGUGUCUCUGUUCUGGGGAAACAAAGCUUCACCUCUGGAAGAUGUUACUGGGUGGUUCAGGUUGGGGAUAAAACAGACUGGGAUCUUGGCGUGGCCAGGGCAUCCAUCAACAGGAAGGGGGCCAUCACUGUUCGUCCUGACAGCGGUUACUGGGCAAUUUGCAGGAGUAAAGGUGGCAGUCUGUCUGCCUGCGCCGGCCCCUCCAUCCCCCUCCACCUCCAGGAAACUCCCCAGAAAAUUGGCAUAUUCCUGGACUAUGAGGAAGGAUCUGUGUCCUUCUACAAUGCAGAAGCUAAGACUCACAUUUACACUUACAGCGGGUGUACCUUCACUGAGCCGCUCCACCCAUAUUUAAACCCAUGUCUUCAUGACAAUGGGAAGAACACUGCCCCACUGGUGAUCUGUCCUCUUGUGGCUGUGACCAUUUGAGUGGAGGAUCAUUUCCUGGUGAUACAGUUCCAGUGGAGUGCACCCCUGAAUGUUGGGUGUUAAUAGCAUAUUACUGCUCUGCUCUCUCCUGGGAGUUGUUUUGUUCAGUGGAAGUGAUGGUCAAACACUGUCAAAUGCAGUUUGACAUGUUUUAGAUUUUUGAAGACAUUUCUCCUCUCAUCCAAAGUUCUGACUGCCAGCCUGGUCACCUGUCCAUCCAAACGUGGCUUCUGUGUUUUUGAUGUUCUGUACAUGUGAUCAAACUGGUGAACAUGCUUUCUUCACUGGCUCGCCCUUUGCUCAUUUGCACAUCAUGUUAAGGUGCAGUGUGUUGAGCUCUCUCGUUCUGUUUGGCGGCGUUCAGCAUCAACAGAAAGCUGGAAAGAAAUCUGGGCGCACAAGUGGGCACAGUAACUCAGUCAUGGACUGUACUUUUGU